CUCAUAAACAGUACCUAUUCAAUAAUAAAACCCAAAAAGUAACUACCUACUCCUUCCUAUAUAACCCUCACCCCCAAUCUGCCAUCCCUCAACCCAUUUCACUUCACACCUCAACCUUAAUCAAUCCACUCUCUGUCUCUCCCUCUGUUCCUCAAAAUACACACAAAUAUACGUAUCUCUAGACUAGAUGGGUUUUAAUGAUGUUUGUAGCACCGGCCUCGUUUUGGGUUUAGGCUUUUCGUCUUCUUCGCCAGAUCAACCGUCAAGGAAACCGGCGGCUAGAAUCGCCGCCGCCGCGUCUGUAGGAUUUGAGCCAGACUUGACUCUCAGCCUGUCCGGUGAAACCUUCGACCAGCAGGCCGCCGCCGCUAAGAUGGCCGCAGUCUCAGGUUUGACCAUCAACAAGUCUGCCGUUGACCACUCCGCUGAUUUGUACCGACAGGACAGCGCCGCCUCCUCGUACUCCAACGUUAGCGUUAAGCGGGAGAGAGAGAGCGACGAAGGAGAGAUAGAGAGAGUUUCGCCGAGAGCCGCCAGCGAUGAAGAUGACGACGUCGCUAACGGCAGGAAGAAACUCCGUCUAUCCAAGGGGCAGUCCGCGCUUUUAGAGGAAAGCUUUAAACAACAUAGCACUCUCAAUCCUAAACAAAAGCAAGAUCUGGCCAGGGAACUCAAUCUCCGGCCCCGACAAGUUGAAGUCUGGUUCCAAAACAGACGUGCCAGAACAAAGCUGAAGCAAACGGAAGUAGACUGCGAGUUUCUGAAGAAAUGCUGCGAGACGUUAACGGAGGAGAACCGGAGGUUACAGAAGGAGGUGGCAGAGCUGAAAGCGUUGAAGGUGUCGCAGCCGCCGCUGUAUAUGCAGCUUCCGGCGGCGACGCUGAGCAUGUGCCCGUCGUGUGAGAGGAUCGGCGGCGGCGGCUCAGCCGUGGAAACGCCCAAUAAGAAGAUCAACCCUUUUACGAUGAUGGCGCCCAAACCUCAUUUCUUCAACCCAUUCACCCACCCAUCCGCUGCCUGUUAGUUGAUUUACGUGUUUAACCAUUCACCUAUUCCUAGCUAUAAACACAUAUUGCAUCACGAUCAUAUCUAUUUUAUAAUUAUUACUAUUAGUCUAUAUAUAUAAAUACGUCUGAUAUUUAUAUAGUGGAUAUACAUAGUACAUCUGAUCUGAAACGUACCCCCCAACCACCUUUUUUUGGUGUGGGCUUUUGAUCGUCCAAAAAUGGUUAAUUAAUUAUCAUGUAAGUAGAGACACAAAUUAGAGAUUACUAAUCAAUCUCAUUGUUUCUUUGUCAUAUAUGUUUUGUAAAUCUUAAUGAUUUAUUAAUAGAUUAUUGGUGUUAAUAAUAUUGUUAUUAUCAUUAUUGUUGUUACUAUGAAUUGUUUUUUGAUUCGUAUAAUUCACCUUCAUUUCACAAUUGUGAACUCACGAUUAUGCGAUGUAUGACUAUAUCACGUACGUAAUUCAUUGGACUUGCCGAAUUCCAUUCAAUAAUUGAGGUAAAGAACCCAGCAAAGGUAGCAAAAGUGAUAGCGGGAAAGGGGAAAAAGGCAAAUGAUUCGAGAAAUUACUUAUUUAAACACGGUCAAUGCAACUUGCAUGAUACUUAUCAAUGUUAGACUUAAUUAAAUUCCUAAAUACGAGUAAAGCAAGUCUUAUAUGCGACCAGUUGGAGUAUAACUUUCCGUAUGUUCCUAAAGGAGAUAUUAGCGGUAAAGGCUAAAGAGACAAUCAUCACAAGCAUAAUUGUAACUCAAAACUAUAUACGGAGUAUAAGGCCGGAUUCCAACAACUUGCAGCCUCAAUGCUAGGCUUGUUCAAC